AGAGAGACUGCAAUCAAGAUCGCCCGCUAUAGGACUCAAUACAGCAGUACGUGAAUACGAUAUACCAUGAACUAGGGGUUGUGUAUUCAAUUUUUAAAUUUAGUAAACAAGAAGGAGGAGGACACGAGGGAAGACAGAAAUCGAAAAGUAAGGUCUGAAGAAGAAGAAGAAGAAGAAGAAGAAGAAGAAGAAGAAGGUGCAAGAUGCCUGAGCAAAGCAAUGACUACCGCGUGGUGGUGUUUGGGGCGGGGGGAGUGGGCAAGAGCUCGCUGGUGCUACGAUUCGUCAAGGGGACCUUCCGGGACACCUACAUCCCCACCAUCGAGGACACCUACCGGCAGGUGAUCAGCUGCGACAAGAGUGUCUGCACCCUGCAGAUCACCGACACCACCGGCAGCCACCAGUUCCCUGCCAUGCAGCGGCUCUCCAUCUCCAAGGGCCAUGCCUUCAUCCUGGUCUACUCCAUCACCAGCCGGCAGUCCCUGGAAGAGCUCAAGCCCAUCUACCAGCAGGUCCUGCAGAUCAAGGGCAGUGUGGAGAGCAUCCCCGUCAUGCUGGUGGGCAACAAGUGCGAUGAGACCCAGAGAGAGGUGGAGACCAAGGAAGGGGAAGCCCAGGCCCAGGCCUGGAAGUGUGCCUUCAUGGAAACCUCGGCCAAGAUGAACUACAACGUCAAGGAGCUCUUCCAAGAGCUGCUCAACCUGGAGAAGAAGAGGAACAUGAGCCUCAACAUUGACGGCAAGCGCUCAAGCAAGCAGAAGAGGGCGGACAAGAUCAAGGGGAAGUGUAGCGUCAUGUAGACAGAGCCAGGGGCUGGGGUGGAGUGGAAAUGGAAGUAGGGAGGGCUGGGCGGAGGGGGCGAGGAAGGACACAUCCCAUAGCAUAGCCAUCAUCACCUCCUCCCCUGAUCCGCAUUAGGGGAGCUAUAUUUCAGUACUGAAUACUCUUCCCAUCAACCAGGCAUCUAAUCCCAACUCUGAAGCAGUUUCAUUCUCGUUAUUUCAGAGGAGUGCAUUGCAGUAAUCUCUCUACACAGGAAGGAGAGGGAGGCAUGAUGUACAGGAGGAAGGUUACGAGAAGGGGGACUGGACAGGGUUAGGAGGAAUCAGGGAGUCUGGGACGGAAGAAUCACCACUGCAUAACCCAAACUCACCUCCAGCAGCAACCACUCAGCCAUUGACCUUGCAUCCAGCUCCAACUAAAGAUGCUUAUACAGAGGAGAUCCAGGAUGAGUUGAAGAGAUAAGAGGUGGGUGGUGAGGGAGAGGGGUGGAGGGAUAGGAAGAUAGGCAGGGAGAAGGGGAGGGGGAGGGAAACCAUGGGAACCCAUUAAAUUGCACUUAGAUGGGAAGUAUAUAUUGAGAUCUUUAGAGAUGGAAUCGCAGGAUGAGAGCUAGCAUACAGGAUUGCAUUACGUGGCCCAAAUAGUAGAUUUUUGUGGCCUUGUGGCAGAUUUCUCCAACUAUUUAGUCAAUGAAAGAACACGUAGUAGAAGGGAUUUCUACUAAAAUAAUUAAUUUACCGUAUUCCUUCGAAUUUAAGACACACUUUUUUAACCAUUUUUUGCUUCUCAAACUUAACUUGCAUCUUAACUUUGAGUACAGUAGUGAUGCGUGUAUUAAAAUCUGCAACAAAUGACAUGACUACCAGAGUACCAGAGGACUGCCGAGAAAAGACGAACAAAGACAUCACUGUCUGAAUACACAAGCAGCAACGUGACUUACUGCUGAGAAAAAACAACCAAAAUGUUACUGCCCGAUCUCGAAUCAUCCAUGACACACAGGCAGCCAUUUUCAAAGAAGCUUCAUUAGCUUCCUGAGGAAUUCAAAGAGAAGCUUUUACAAUCUCAGCGUUUCUAACAUGCCAAGCAAUACCACAGUUCAGAAAAUUGAGAGAAAAAACAGGUGUGAGUAAUCACAACUGGAAAUGAGAAGCAGCACAUAACUGUAAUGCUCUGUGUGACAGCAGACGACCGCAAACUGCCUCCAUAUGCGUAACUGAGGUUGUAUCUUUGUAAAUGCAGAUUUAUUUGAUGUUUUAUUUUUUCUUUAAAUUGAGGGUGGGAAAUUUGGACUGCGUCUUAAAUUCGAGGGCGUCUUAAAUUCAAAGGAAUAAAGUAUGCUGUGUUGAACAUUUAAAACAUGCACCCAGAUCCAUUUUUAUCCACCAUAUCUCCCCAUUGGAAGCUCAUUGGUUACAUAAGCAAAAUAUAUGAGGUUUUUUUUAUUUUUUAUUGCAGUAGAGGUAGGAAGCGGGGUGAAUCAGUUUGGUUGGUUUUGUUAAGGCACAGUACAUGGUCCUUUCUGCAUCCAACACAGAACUCACUUACUGGACCUGUUGCAGGUUAGUUGCUGGAGGUCUUUAGGAGAACAUCUAUCUUUGAUGCCCUACAGUGCAUGUGAUAUAUUGCUUGAAUAGACGAGACUGGUUGGGAAGGACAUUAAUCUUGAAGGUUGAGUCUAGUUAGUUGGUCAUGGAUUAGUCACUGGGUCUAUGGAGUCAUCCAAUCAUGUUCACCCAAGGACAUACACCCCUCCCCCACCGUCCGCAAUACUCUGCCCCCUGUCGCAUGCAUGCAGAUGGUAGUCAAUUAUUUUGCAUUUUCAUUGUUUGUUCGAGGCCGACUGCAAGAUAAACUGAACAAAACCAAGCUAGAAGUUUCUUAUUGAGCAUGCCUCCAAGAAAAUAUAGCGGGUAUGAGGAGAGGAGGGCAUGGGUCCUCAUGGCAAGUGUACCUUCAUUUCUUCUCUGGACAUCUCUCCACUGUGAACACCAGGUUUUUUCAAUGACCAGCAUAAGAAGGACCUGGAUUUGGGCUAGAAGGUGGUGGUGGUGUGUUGGUGUUGGGGGCGCGGAUUGUGUUAUUCCAAUUAUAACUGUUAGAAUGUCUUAGCAAUGAUGCUUCCUGACACUUCAGUCCGAAGAUCUCCUAGCAACCUUGCUGUUCUGAAAAAAAUCCUGGUCAGUGCAGCUAGAAAUGCUGGGAGUUGGAGUCCCCAACUCAAUCUCAAACAGGAUCCUGGGAGUUGUAGUACACAUUUAGCAUGGGAUCUUUCUGCCUGUAACUGGACAUACCGAACCUGGACAACCAUAAAGACAUAGAGCAUGCCUAAGGCAAAGCAGUGCAUCUUGACUGCACAACUUAGUAGUUAGAAAUACAGGAGUUUAAUAUUAAAUAUGGGUGUUUUGAGUGUUUUUUUUUCUGUUGAUAAUGUUCCCAUCAAUUCAUGGCAUGGAAACAAUGAGACAGCAGAUAUAUUCAGCCUCUUGCAGUCGUCAUUUUGGAGUGAUCAGGACUGCCAAGAUCAAUGACGCUGUUACCAAAAAUAUUCUGCGUGCAAAAUCCUGUAUUGUGAUCUCCAUCUCCGGUUGUUUACACUGAUUCUUAAUGCAGAACUUAAUUAGAGGAAAACUGCAUCACAUGACAGUGUGGACACACCAAUCCAGCAUGGGGCAGAACCUGUAAAGAAAAAAAACAAGGGAUUGGGUCUGCAUAUUAAUUGACCAUUUGGGGGUUGGGCUUGAUGAAAGACACUCCCACUAGGGUGGGGCUUGCAUAAUUAUAUGAGAAAGGGGGCGGUCUGCAUAGAUAAAUCACAUGGUGAUGGUCUAUCCAACAAGGGGGGUUCUGAGGGGGGGAGUGUCAGUAGAGAAACACCCACCCAUUUAUAAAAGUGGGGUUUAAACUAAACAUCUCAACCAUGCAUGGGUUUGCACAAAUGAUGAAUUCAGUUCAACAAAACAUGCCAGUGAAUAUGAAAUCCACGGCUAUACUGGGCCCCCUGAAUGGGGACUGAGCAUUUUACCACUGUGGCAGUGUUUCAGAGACACACUUUGAUACAAUGCAACAUGAGGGUCAGUUUCAAAAUUGGCUAAUCAUGAAAUAAUCCCUUUUGAAUGAUAUAGGUGGGGCAGUAGCUCAUGGACAAUAGGGAUAAUGGAGAGUCUUAUGCAAAAGUCUAUACAUUUGAUUCCCCUUUAAUGUAAAAGUGUUUUUUGAGGUGAAUGGUUGUUUUUUGUACUCUUCUCUGAAGAAUGAAGCUGGCAGCUUAGUUUUACAAUAUUGAUAUGCAGGUGAGGCCGUCUCAGUGGUGUGAUUGAAUUACAAUCUAAGGCUCAGGAUGAUGGAGAGUUAGAUGCUCUGUGAGUUCCUGAUACAAAUAAUUAAAAAGUAAAAAAAGACCUAUCAUUUCAUAAUCUGACCAGAUUUUUACCCAAUUACAACAGACGAUUGCUCGUACUAGGAGGCUUAAGCUUUGAGUCUGGGGUAAUGGGGUUUGGGAAAGACAAACAUAUUGAAAACUUUGUACUCCUAUUUACUAGUAAAAUAAGUCUAAUUAGAAUAAAGUAGUUCCAUUCUUUCCUAUUGCCCAUAUGAGCUGUUUUAAUGGUUAAAUAAUAAUAAUAAUAAUAAUAAUAAUAAUAAUAAUAAUAAUAAUAAUAAUAAUAAUAAUAAUAAACCAUUAGAACAUUCUUUCACUGCAAUACAUUCCAUUAUCAGAUUAUUCUUCUACUUGAUUUUUCGGUUUCUUUUUGUAAAUAUUUCUAGAUUGUCUAAAAAUGUAAUACUAAAUCCUUUUAUUUUGCACAGGAUAUCGAAAAUAACCAAAUGCACUUAAAUCUGUAGUGAUGCAGCAUGCAUGUUUUACCACGAGUCAGUUUGCACAGCAGUUUAUUUUAAGUUAUUGACCCAGUGGACUUUAUUACCAGGAUGACGUCCAGUUAUUUUUAAUACCGGUAUGCAACACAUUUCUUUUCAUAUGCAAAUGUAAUUGAGUUCAUUUUUUACAUGAGUCUAUUGAUGUAUAUUGAUUUGCCCUCUUACACUAUACAUAUGUAAAAUUAUGGCUACUUCACUAUAUUCCUUAAAAUAUAUCAAAGAGUGAAUUAAACACAAUAUUUGUGUAAUUGAAUAAGAAUGAUUGGAAAGUGUGAGACAGUGUAAGAAAAGUAGAUACAAAUGGAAUUUUUCACCUUCCAAUAAUUCAUUUCUUUUUCCAAUAAUUCAUUUCUUAUUGCAAUUCGUCAGAUAUUGUGUUUUCUUUUUAGUCUGUGCUAAGGAGCUUUGACUAUGAGUUCAGGAGCUGAUCUUCAGUUUAGGUUGCCUAAUGCAGGCUGGAUCAGCCAAUAAGUGUCUUUAUGUUAGCAAGUGCCGGCGCCAUCUAGUGCACAGCUGUGUACUCCCAAUAAAAACAAAAGGAAACCUGAUUUCAAAGUGGGGGCUCACUAGAUGACGCUGGCUCUCAAUUCUAAGACACUCUUUAUACUUAAUCUUUCGACUCCAUAUAGAAUAUAAUCAAUGCAUUUUAAAUGGGAUAUUGACUGGCCUCCUAAAUGCUAAAAUCUGCUUUCAGCUUAACCAGCUGUCCAGGUUAAGCCCAUUCAAGAGGAGACGGUUUUACUGAUGCUGCCAAACCAGCCCUUAAUGGCAGGCUUCCUCUCCAGUGUCGCCAUAUUUUGCAAACACCACAAGCUCUUGUUCUUAAUCAAAAGCAAAAAUACAAAUAGGGCAGGCCUUUCUGUCCCGACUACAAUGAAUCUUAAAAAGCACAACUGUGAGCGCUGUGGUCCCGGUGGCUUGCCAUUGCCCUCGUAUGCAGCUCUGCUUAUUAAUCCCACCUGUCUGCUGUCAACCGUGCUGCGCUCUGCUUGCAAGGAAUUCCGAGCAGGCUCGCAACUCCACAAUCUGGACAGCAAUGUACCUGCUGUUCCGAACACUCCCAAACUGCAUUCUAAUCCUUCAACUUGUUCAAUUGUGAGCACAUUUUUAGGUCUAGCCAAAUGGCAUAUAUUUGGAUCAGAGAAUGUUUUCUUUGGAUUAUGGCCAGUAGGGAUGCAAGAUUAGCUAUUUCAGAAUAAACAACAUGAAAAUCAAUAGGGUUUGUUUGGUUUUGUUUUUUUAUGAUAUUUGCAAAGUUAUAAAAAAAAAAAGCCUCACCAGACUUCGUGCAAUGAUGAAAUCAAAGACAAUGCCAAGACGGUUAUCUUUCUCAAUGAAAAGUACCUGCCAAUAAUUUCACUUGAGCUUUUGUUAAGUCUGAAAUUGUGAACUAGUUUUGGGCUCAACAUAGGAUUGAUGUGCAACAUGGGGUUGAUAUAUACUUGCCAUUCAUUGCAUUACGUUGAUCACUUCCCGAAUGUGCUGUGUGUUCUACGCAAUAUUCAUGUUUUGCUGGUUGACCUACUGGUAGACCUAUAUCUAUAAAAUGUCUUGAAGAAUUGCUAAAAAAUAGAUUACACUGUGAAUACAGUUAAUACCGCAGAGCAGAUCUGAUGUUCUGUUCAGUUAUAGAAUGGAUUCUGUUGCAUCACGCUCAGUGAUACAGAAACCCCCAGCUGAGUUGCUGCAGUUGAAGAGGAGUGUGGACCGGGGCAGCGCCUGUGAGUCGGACAGCAGGAUCGAGGCUGCAGUCACUUUGAAAAGUUUUGCAAAGCACACAGUGACACGUGUUCAAGCACGGCCCACCCACAGUUCAUUGGUUUGGGAUGUUAUUACCUUGACAUGCAGUGCCACCAAAUGGUCAAAUACUGUAAUUGCAGAGACUUAAAGGGAGUAAGUUCCCGCUCUCCUGAACUGCAUUUUCUACUCAAAGGGGAUUACAUUGUAAUUUUAAUGUACAUGUUCCGAUAGUUUAGCUGCUGUCUAGCAACUUGUCAGUUUGUUUUCUUUCUUGGAGUGCUUCACGAGACUAAGUCUAAGAGGAGCAAUACCGAUAUGUGAAGUCACCCCCAAUGAUCCCGGAUACGCUGCUUCCCAUGUUUACAGAGGCUCCAUCGCACCUGGGGCACAAGAAAUAAAAAGCGCUGUUUCAAUUCAGAAUAUUAUUAUAGAUGAUAGAUAUUAGUUAUUAGAUUUAUUUGUGUAUUGGUUUUAUUUAUGGCGUAGGAAGCACAGACAUGUUUCACAAUGGUGCCCUUAUUAUGUCACCUUUGCAAUAGCUCUUGGUUGGUUUGGUUCCAGUUUUCCCGAUUUCUGUUAAAAGUUUUCAUGGUUUCAAAAAUCUAAAAGUUGGUGUCACAUCACCCAUUUCAGAUGUAAUUGCCAAAAAUAAAAUAACAAAAAAAAACUAAGUCAAUACUUGCAUCAAAAUGAACAGAAUUUAGUCUCUUUAAUAACCACCAUACCUUUUCCUCUUCAGCGUCAGUAGCUGAGAAGUACAGUUAACCAGGCUGCAGGCUUCAAAGUGCUUGUGAGCAUCAUUCACAAUCCAGGACAUAAUGUCAUUUUGAUCAGGGGGCAGCAGUGGACAGUGCCACAGUUCUGGUACAUUAAACACAACCUGCCUUCAUUUAGCAGGUGUUUGUUUUUAGUUAGGGAUGCAUCCUGAAGGUUUGUUUUACUCCUCUUCAGGUGUACUUGUGACUUUUGAGCCAACUAGAACCCUGAUUUAAAAAGUAAAGAAGCCUGUUAGAGGAGUGCAGUGCCUUCACUUCAUGAUGUCAUCGUUUGUCAAUGCAUUUUAAACUAUGACGUCAUACUAGGGAAAAGGCAGCAGUGUAUCAGUUACCUACUGAGUGGUUUUUUUUCUGCCUGUAAAUUUGCCAAAAAUAUAGACUAUGUGAUGAAAAAAUAACAAUACAUUAGGCUGACACUGCAACGUUUUCUGUAAAUGUAUUGAAUUAUGGGCCAUUCUUUUGAAGCGUUUACCCCGUAUUUUAUUUAUCUCCUGUUUUUUGAAAGAUGGAAAUUCAACGACAGUGACGUACAAAACAAAGAAACAAACAGCCUGGGUGAGAUUAAGAGGUUCUGGAACCAACUCCCCAGUAAUGUUGUUGAAGCUGACACCCUGGGAUCCUUCAAGAAGCUGCUUGAUGAGAUUCUGGGAUCAAUAAGCUGCUAACAAUCAAACGAGCAAGAUGGCCUGAAUGGCCUCCUCUUGUUUGUAAACUUUCUUAUGUUCUUAUAUUCUUAUGUUCUUAAGAGACCUGCAAUCACACGGCCUAGAUGUUUGAGACUAGUUUAGUAAAGUCAAGAGAUGUUUUUUCUCCUUUUCAAAAAACAGGACUUAAUUACAGAAUGGAGUAAACGCUUUAAAAAAUAUGGCUCUAUCUCUAAUCAAGAAUCAGUCAAAGUUAUGAAUUACAAAGUGUACUAUGUAAACUUUGUGGCCGUCCCAUGUAGUAAUGAUCAGGAAUUAUUUAAUAUAAGUGACAAAAUAUUCAGUGAUUCGUUAUUUUAUAGGGAAGAUGUGACCUCCCUGUCUGGGAAAAAAAAAAGCACACAGGGAAAGAAAUAACAGAGAAAAAACGAACUGGGGAAACUGCAGCAAGCACGACAAACUCUACGGUAAAAAACUGUUUAAUUUUAUAUCCGUGCUAUCCAACUCCAGGGACUAUUCUUAUCAUGAUAUUAAUAUACGAGCCCCCUGGUCCCUGCAUGGACAGUAUAAACACAUCUGCUUUUAUUUGUUUUUAAUCAGAGUGCAGGAAGGGCCUCUUUUCAGUCCUGUAUGCUAUCCUUUGGAAGGUCUUGUGAAACAAUGUGAUUUAUUUUUGCAUUACGCUGUUGUAUAUAAAUGUAAUACAUACUUGAUCAAGGUAGCAGUGUCUCCAUGCUGGACGCUCUUUGCCUGGGCUUUGGGAACUGGCUGUCGUACAGUGGCCUUGUGGGGAUGACUGCACACGAAUCCAGACUCCCACACCCUCUCUCUUUCUCUCUUAGUAACACCUGCUGUCACGGCUGUGCAUUCACACGUAAAGCCAGCAGUGUAAUGGGAACGAUCACCAUGACCUCCACUAUCAUGCACAUGUAAAAAUGACAGACUAACACACAGGUCCUCAGAUACACCCAGAUCCCUUCAAACAUGCGUGACAGAGAGUGGGGGCUGAAAAUGAAUACCCUGCAGAUGGAUGUAGUGUCUAAAGUGUGAAAUGCAUGCUGACACACAGCCAGCGUUAUAUCCACUAUGUAACUCGCCCCCUCCCCAGUGUUAAGGGAACAGGUGGUCAUGUUGUCCUAAACAAUUUGUGUGACAAAUGGGCAUACUGUGCUAUAUACCCCUCCACUGUAUCCUCAGCAGGGAUAUUCACUGCUCACUGGUUAGAGUCCUGUUUGUGUUGGGUUGCCAGUGUUGGCUGGGGACCCACAGGGAGUGCUGCAUUAGCCUUAGUGCUCCUGCAGGUUAGGGGAGGAAACACCUCAUCGGGCUUCAGCGACCCCUCACAGGCACCCCAUGAGUCCAGGGUGAGAUUUUCCAGGCUGGGCUCUAACCUCUGGGGCUGAGAAGCUUGGUAACAUCCCUUUCUUGGGGGUGCUGGGUGAGAGGAGGCCAUUCAUCCUCAGCCCUGAUCAGUAAAUAGUUUGCAGAUGGGGGUCGAUAUAGAAUCAGGCAUUUCAAAUGGGGUAUACCACAAAAAAAAAACAAGAGGGAAGAAAGAUGAUUUUAGAAGCCUGUGAUAGGGGAUAUUUCAAGGGAAUAAAAUGUUAUUCUGCAAGUCCCUGGGCAGAGUUCUGAUCAGCACGAGACACACUGAUACCAGCAUGCAGGCAGGACACAAACUGUGAAGCAUCUUGUGUUUUUUAUCUUUUUUUUAUUUCCAGGUUUGUUUUUCUGUCUUUUUUUUUUGUAUCUACAAGAGGUGAUGUAGCAUCUGAUUGUAGCAAUAGUCUUCCUAUUACAAAUAUACUGUGCUCAUGCAUCCCAUGAAUAAAGUCUGCUAAAUGAUGAUUUUUUAAAAAAUAAAAAACAAGAAAUGAAACUG